AUGAUUAAAGGGGGGGGGGGGGGGGGGGGGUGGGGGGGGGGGGGGGGGGGGGGGGGGGGGGGGGGGGGGGGGGGGGGGGGGGGGGGGGGGGGGGGGGGGGGGGGGGGGGGGGGGGGGGGGGGGGGGGGGGGGGUGGGGGGGGGGGGGGGGGGGGGGGGGGGGGGGGGGGGGGGGGGGGGGGGGGGGGGGGGGGGGGGGGGGGGGGGGGGUGGGGGGGGGGGGGGGGGGGGGGGGGGGGGGGGGGGGGGGGGGGGGGGGGGGGGGGGGGGGGGGGGGGGGGGGGGGGGGGGGGGGGGGGGGGGGGGGGGGGGUGGGGGGGGGGGGGGGGGGGGGGGGGGGGGGGGGGGGGGGGGGGGGGGGGGGGGGGGGGGGGGGUGGGGGGGGGGGGGGGGGGGGGGGGGGGGGGGGGGGGGGGGGGGGGGGGGGGGUGGGGGGGGGGGGGGGGGGGGGGGGGGGGGGGGGGGGGGGGGGGGGGGGGGGGGGGGGGUGGGGGGGGGGGGGGGUGGGGGGGGGGGGGGGGGGGGGGGGGGGGGGGGGGGGGGGGGGGGGGGGGGGGGGGGGGGGGGGGGGGGGGGGGGGGGGGGGGGGGGGUGGGGGGGGGGGGGGGGGGGGGGGGGGGGGGGGGGGGGGGGGGGGGGGGGGGGGGGGGGGGGGGGGGGGGGGGGGGGGGGGGGGGGGGGGGGGGGGGGGGGGGGGGGGGGGGGGGUGGGGGGGGGGGGGGGGGGGGGGGGGGGGGGGGGGGGGGGGGGGGGGGGGGGGGGGGGGGGGGGGGGGGGGGGGGGGGGGGGGGGGGGGGGGGGGGGGGGGGGGGGGGGGGGGGGGGGGGGGGGGGGGGGGGGGGGGGGGGGGGGGGGGGGGGGGGGGGGGGGGGGGGGGGGGGGGGGGGGGGGGGGGGGGGGGGGGGGGGGGGGGGGGGUGGGGGGGGGGGGGGGGGGGGGGGGGGGGGGGGGGGGGGGGGGGGGGGGGGGGGGGGGGGGGGGGGGGGGGGGGGGGGGGGGGGGGGGGGGGGGGGGGGGGGGGGGGGGGGGGGGGGGGGGGGGGGGGGGGGUGGGGGGGGGGGGGGGGGGGGGGGGGGGGGGGGGGGGGGGGGGGGGGGGGGGGGGGGGGGGGGGGGGGGGGGGGGGGGGGGGGGGGGGGGGGGGGGGGGGGGGGGGGGGGGGGGGGGGGGGGGGGGGGGGGGGGGGGGGGGGGGGGGGGGGGGGGGGGGGGGGGGGGGGGGGGGGGGGGGGGGGGGGGGGGGGGGGGGGGGGGGGGGGGGGGGGGGGGGGGGGGGGGGGGGGGGGGGGGGGGGGGGGGGGGGGGGGGGGGGGGGGGGGGGGGGGGGGGGGGGGGGGGGGGGGGGGGGGGGGGGGGGGGGGGGGGGGGGGGGGGGGGGGGGGGGGGGGGGGGGGGGGGGGGGGGGGGGGGGGGGGGGGGGGGGGGGGGGGGGGGGGGGGUGGGGGGGGGGGGGGGGGGGGGGGGGGGGGGGGGGGGGGGGGGGGGGGGGGGGGGGGGGGGGGGGGGGGGGGGGGGGGGGGGGGGUGGGGGGGGGGGGGGGGGGGGGGGGGGGGGGGGGGGGGGGGGGGGGGGGGGGGGGGGGGGGGGGGGGGGGGGGGGGGGGGGGGGGGGGGGGGGGGGGGGGGGGGGGGGGGGGGGGGGGGGGGGGGGGGGGGGGGGGGGGGGGGGGGGGGGGGGGGGGGGGGGGGGGGGGGGGGGGGGGGGGGGGGGGGGGGGGGGGGGGGGGGGGGGGGGGGGGGGGGGGGGGGGGGGGGGGGGGGGGGGGGGGGGGGGGGGGGGGGGGGGGGGGGGGGGGGGGUGGGGGGGGGGGGGGGGGGGGGGGGGGGGGGGGGGGGGGGGGGGGGGGGGGGGGGGGGGGGGGGGGGGGGGGGGGGGGGGGGGGGGGGGGGGGGGGGGGGGGGGGGGGGGGGGGGGGGGGGGGGGGGGGGGGGGGGGGGGGGGGGGGGGGGGGGGGGGGGGGGGGGGGGGGGGGGGGGGGGGGGGGGGGGGGGGGGGGGGGGGGGGGGGGCGGGGGGGGGGGGGGGGGGGGGGGGGCGGGGGGGGGGGGGGGGGGGGGGGGGGGGGGGGGGGGGGGGGGGGGGGGGGGGGGGGGGGGGGGGGGGGGGGGGGUGGGGGGGGGGGGGGGGGGGGGGGGGGGGGGGGGGGGGGGGGGGGGGGGGGGGGGGGGGGGGGGGGGGGGGGGGGGGGGGGGGGGGGGGGGGGGGGGGGGGGGGGGGGGGGGGGGGGGGGGGGGGGGGGGGGGGGGGGGGGGGGGGGGGGGGGGGGGGGGGGGGGGGGGGGGGGGGGGGGGGGGGGGGGGGGGGGGGGGGGGGGGGGGGGGGGGGGGGGGGGGGGGGGGGGGGGGGGGGGGGGGGGGGGGGGGGGGGGGGGGGGGGGGGGGGGGGGGGGGGGGGGGGGGGGGGGGGGGGGGGGGGGGGGGGGGGGGGGGGGGGGGGGGGGGGGGGGGGGGGGGGGGGGGGGGGGGGGGGGGGGGGGGGGGGGGGGGGGGGGGGGGGGGGGGGGGGGGGGGGGGGGGGGGGGGGGGGGGGGGGGGGGGGGGGGGGGGGGGGGGGGGGGGGGGGGGGGGGGGGGGGGGGGGGGGGGGGGGGGGGGGGGGGGGGGGGGGGGGGGGGGGGGGGGGGGGGUGGGGGGGGGGGGGGGGGGGGGGGGGGGGGGGGGGGGGGGGGGGGGGGGGGGGGGGGGGGGGGGGGGGGGGGGGGGGGGGGGGGGGGGGGGGGGGGGGGGGGGGGGGGGGGGGGGGGGGGGGGGGGGGGGGGGGGGGGGGGGGGGGGGGGGGGGGGGGGGGGGGGGGGGGGGGGGGGGGGGGGGGGGGGGGGGGGGGGGGGGGGGGGGGGGGGGGGGGGGGGGGGGGGGGGGGGGGGGGGGGGGGGGGGGGGGGGGGGGGGGGGGGGGGGGGGGGGGGGGGGGGGGGGGGGGGGGGGGGGGGGGGGGGGGGGGGGGGGGGGGGGGGGUGGGGGGGGGGGGGGGGGGGGGGGGGGGGGGGGGGGGGGGGGGGGGGGGGGGGGGGGGGGGGGGGGGGGGGGGGGGGGGGGGGGGGGGGGGGGGGGGGGGGGGGGGGGGGGGGGGGGGGGGGGGGGGGGGGGGGGGGGGGGGGGGGGGGGGGGGGGGGGGGGGGGGGGGGGGGGGGGGGGGGGGGGGGGGGGGGGGGGGGGGGGGGGGGGGGGGGGGGGGGGGGGGGGGGGGGGGGGUGGGGGGGGGGGGGGGGGGGGGGGGGGGGGGGGGGGGGGGGGGGGGGGGGGGGGGAGGGGGGGGGGGGGGGGGGGGGGGGGGGGGGGGGGGGGGGGGGGGGGGGGGGGGGGGGGGGGGGGGGGGGGGGGGGGGGGGGGGGGGGGGGGGGGGGGGGGGGGGGGGGGGGGGGGGGGGGGGGGGGGGGGGGGGGGGGGGGGGGGGGGGGGGGGGGGGGGGGGGGGGGGGGGGGGGGGGGGGGGGGGGGGGGGGGGGUGGGGGGGGGGGGGGGGGGGGGGGGGGGGGGGGGGGGGGGGGGGGGGGGGGGGGGGGGGGGGGGGGGGGGGGGGGGGGGGGGGGGGGGGGGGGGGGGGGGGGGGGGGGGGGGGGGGGGGGGGGGGGGGGGGGGGGGGGGGGGGGGGGGGGGGGGGGGGGGGGGGGGGGGGGGGGGGGGGGGGGGGGGGGGGGGGGGGGGGGGGGGGGGGGGGGGGGGGGGGGGGGGGGGGGGGGGGGGGGGGGGGGGGGGGGGGGGGGGGGGGGGGGGGGGGGGGGGGGGGGGGGGGGGGGGUGGGGGGGGGGGGGGGGGGGGGGGGGGGGGGGGGGGGGGGGGGGGGGGGGGGGGGGGGGGGGGGGGGGGGGGGGGGGGGGGGGGGGGGAGGGGGGGGGGGGGGUUUGGGGGGGGGGGGCGGGAGGGGGGGGGGGGGGGGGGGGGGGGGGGGGGGGGGGGGGGGGGGGGGGGGGGGGGGGGGGGGGGGGGGGGGGGGGGGGGGGGUGGGGGGGGGGGGGGGGGGGGGGGGGGGGGGGGGGGGGGGGGGGGGGGGGGGGGGGGGGGGGGGGGGGGGGGGGGGGGGGGGGGGGGGGGGGGGGGGGGGGGGGGGGGGGGGGGGGGGGGGGGGGGGGGGGGGGGGGGGGGGGGGGGGGGGGGGGGGGGGUGGGGGGGGGGGGGGGGGGGGGGGGGGGGGGGGGGGGGGGGGGGGGGGGGGGUGGGGGGGGGGGGGGGGGGGGGGGGGGGGGGGGGGGGCGGGGGGGGGGGGGGGGGGGGGGGGGGGGGGGGGGGGGGGGGGGGGGGGGGGGGGGGGGGGGGGGGGGGGGGGGGGGGGGGGGGGGGGGGGGGGGGGGGGGGGGGGGGGGGGGGGGGGGGGGGGGGGGGGGGGGGGGGGGGGGGGGGGGGGGGGGGGGGGGGGGGGGGGGGGGGGGGGGGGGGGGGGGGGGGGGGGGGGGGGGGGGGGGGGGGGGGGGGGGGGGGGGGGGGGGGGGGGGGGGGGGGGGGGGGGGGACCUCGGUCCUCUGUGA